AUGUCCGUCGCUGCUUCUGGAUCCCUGCGCGAGGAACUACCUGAGAGCUUGGAAACGCUUCAGACCGAGUUGGAGAGCAAAUAUCAUGUCUUGGCCAAGGAUGGAGAUGAAGAUUUGGCUAAAGCUGCUUUGCAGGUCGUGAAGGAUGUUUUCGAUAUGGCUCUGGAGUACGAACAGCUCUCACACCCUCAUAUCCAACCGUUCAUUGUUUCUACUCUUGAACCACCAACUAUCAGCACUCGAUCCACCGCGAAAGCAAAUGGCAAGCACAAGGCCAAUGGAACCGGAGAAGUGGAGGAGGAUGAAGCCAUCGAUCCUGAUUCUGUCCUUCCCUAUACACCUCUAUCGGGCUUAACGACUGAGGCGAUGGAUAUCGAGCAAAUUUGGGCUCAGUUGGAGCUUCGGAAUGAAGGCCUGGUACAGGUUCUGAAGCACGUUGGGCCCUUGGAGAUGGAUGACGAGGAUUCGUUGGGAGGAAGCGAAAGUAGCGACGAGGAUGAUGAUGAUGAUGAAGAGGAUGAAGAUGACCUGGAGGAUAUGACAGAGGAGGAGUUCAGGGAGAUGAUGCUGCGCGGGGACUUGGGAGACAGCGACGAGGACGACGGUUCAGACGAAGAGGAUGGUAGUGGGGAUGAUCAGGUCGACUUUUAUGACGACGGAGUGGAGGGUGACAGCGACGAGGAAGAAGAUGAUGAAGAGGAGCAAGACGAAGCAGAUGAGGAUAUGAAUGAUGAAGAUUUGGAGCUUGGAAGUGAGAGCGAUGAUGGGUUAGAUCUUGAGGGUUCAGAGGGUCUGGAGAGCAACGAGGAUGAGGAGCAAGAUGAUGAUGAUGAUGAUGGCGAGGAUGAGGACGAAGAGGACUUGGACGAAGAAGGCGAAGAUGAGCCAGAUGACCGAGCAUUACUCUUCGACGAGGACGAAGCUGGUCCAUCCCGACCGAGGACCAAGAAACGUCACCCGACGCUCGAUGACGAUUUCUUCUCCAUCGACGAUUUCAAUCGUCAGACUGAAGAAGCGGAAGCUGGGCAACUCUCGAGUGGUCGACUCGGAGGCGAUGAGGAUGAAGACGAGGAGGAACUCGACGAGGACAUCGGCGGACUGAUGAUAAAUGGUGCUAGCGAUGGCAAUAAAGACCUGAUGUAUUCGGACUUCUUUGCGCCUCCUCGUGGGGCUGCUCGUGCUAAAGGCCAGCCGUCUGCGAAAGACAAGGACCGCAAGGUGGGCAAGAAGGGCAAAGGCAAGCAGAUUGUUCGGUUCGAUGAGGUCGAGGCAUCGGAGAAUGAGGAUGCAGAGGACGAAGAGGAGGGUCGCGAAGUCAUGGGGCGUUUCAAAGGUGACCUGUUCGAUGAUGAAGAUGAGGAGGAAGAGACCGACGGCAAGGAUCUGUCCACUCAUGAGCGUCAACAACUGGCGUUGGCAAAGCAGAUCGCUCAGUUGGAGCAAGAAGCUGUUGGGCCGAAAGACUGGACUCUUCUUGGCGAAGCAACAUCUCGGGCGAGGCCCGAAAAUUCGCUGCUGGAGGAAGAUCUCGACUUUGAGCAAGUUGCAAAAGUCACUCCAGUAGUGACAGAAGAUACCGUCAAGACUUUAGAAGAGCUUAUUAAGAAGCGGAUCAUUGAUAACAACUUUGACUCUCCCGUCCGUGUACGAGCAUACGAACCGACUCCUUUCCUUCCCUCGCGAUACUUUGAGCUACAGGAUACUCAGUCAUCCAAAUCCCUCGCUCAGAUCUACGAAGAUGAGUACCAGGCCGCCGCAGCCGGCGGCAAAGCAAGGGAUCCAAGGGACGAAAAGCUUCGAGUGGAACAUGAAGCUAUUGACAAGCUCUGGGAAGAUAUCUGUUACAAGCUGGACGCGCUGAGCUCGCUCAACUUUGUUCCGAAACAGCCCAAAGCCUCUAUCACCACGCUUGACAAUCUCCCCACCACGUCGCUCGAGUCGGCCCUGCCUCCCACUUCCGCCGUGACCACUCUCCUCGCUCCGGAAGAGCUUUUCGCCGCGCCCCCCACCGCGACCAACAUUGCCAGAUCCGAGCAGACACCCGAGCAAGCGCACGCAGCUCGAAAUCGACGUCGAAAGGCUCAAAAGGGUGAGAGAAAGCGACUGGAGGAGAUGGCAGAAUUGUACGGUAAAAAGCCGGCCAGUGGAAAGAGCGGAAUCCGCGCGGAGAAGCAAAAGGCUCUCGAGGGAUUGGUCAAAACGGGCAAGGGUGUGACUGUCGUAGGAAAGGGGAGCAAAAACGCUGCUGGCGAUCGAGGUCAGAAGAGGGGAAGAGAGGAGCAGAAGGAUCGUGCGGAAGAUGGAAAGAGGUUGAAGCUGUGA